UACAAGAACGUCGACCGCCUCAAAAUAUUGAAACGCCCAUACGAGUGGCAUAUUAUCAGUUGUUUACGAUGGCCAACGAAGCACCCCCGGCGAUCCAGUACCGCGACCUGACGGCUGAAUGCCAGCAGCUAAUGACAAAAAUAGCGGACCUAGAAAGCGACCGAAACGAACACAUCCUCGUGGAAGAUGCGCUGAAACCUCUUGAUGGAAGUCGCCGAGCUUACCGGUUGGUUGGCGAUGUUUUGGUUGAACGAACAGUGACCGAAGUUUUGCCAUCAAUCUCUCAAAACAAGGAAAAUGUGCGUGUUUCAUAUGGUUUGAUUUGAACGCAUAAAUUCUGUCACACCGCAAACAGCGCAGAAUGUCGGGGUGCAUGUGUUUUUUUGUCUGUUUGUUUGUAUGUUUGUUUGUAUGUUGCUGUACGUGCCAAUGAGAAUUACCCAAACUAAUAGUGAAGAUAACUUUGGGUUUUCUUUUUCGUUACGUCGUUGAUGCCAAUUCUGUUUGACUUGAAUUUCUUUAACGAAUGAACACGUGUGGAAUUCGAAUUUCCAUCGCAUGUCACAAAUGGAUGGGUUGGUUUUAUGAAAUCGUAGCUAAACGCGACGAUUGAUGCCUUACGAGAGAGGUUAACCAUUCGACAAAAAAAGGCUGCAGAGCUCAAAGCAAAACACAAUUUGCAAUAAAACGAGAAGGAAAGGAUCCAUCGUCCUGUCAAUUUAUAUGCAUUGAGAAGUGUAACAGUUACUCGCCACCGCGUCAUCUUCGAUCAAAAGCUAUCCAUGAAUAGAGAAGGGGUCCAUUUCACAUUUGAAUUAAUUUGGGAGCUGGAGAGGAAAUAAAGCUAUCAUCCAACA